AUGGUGGAGAAGGAGGAGGGCGGCCCCGGCGGCAUCAGCGAGGAGGAGGCGGCACAGUAUGAUCGGCAGAUCCGGCUGUGGGGGCUCGAGGCCCAGAAGCGGUUACGAGCUUCCCGGGUGCUGCUGGUGGGGAUGAAGGGUCUCGGAGCAGAAGUGGCGAAGAAUCUCAUCUUGGCGGGAGUCAAAGGCUUGACCAUGCUGGACCAUCAGCAGGUUUCCCAAGAGGACACGCGAGCUCAGUUCCUCAUCCCCGUGGGUUCCUUGGGCCGCAACAGAGCCGAAGCCUCGCUGGAGCGGGCGCAGAACCUCAAUCCCAUGGUGGACGUGAAAGCUGACUCCGAGAGCGUGGAAAGCAAACCCGAAGAGUUCUUCACCCAGUUCGACGCAGUCUGCCUAACCUGCUGCUCCCGGGAUGUUAUGGUGAAGAUCGACCAGAUUUGCCACAAAAACAGCGUCAAGUUCUUCACCGGCGACGUUUUCGGCUACCACGGCUAUAUGUUUGCCGACCUGGGGGAACACGAAUUCGUGGAAGAGAAAACCAAGGUCGCCAAAGUCAGCCCGGGUGUGGAAGAUGGGCCGGACACCAAAAAAGCCAAACUCGACUCGUCGGAGACCACCAUGGUGAAAAAGCGGGUGCUUUUCUGCCAGCUGAAGGAAGCCCUGGCCGUCGACUGGAGUGGGGAGAAGGCAAAGGCGGCGCUGAAACGCACCACGACGGAUUAUUUCCUCCUCCAAGUGCUGUUGAAGUUUCGGACGGAUAACGGCCGGGAUCCUUCACCCCAAAACUAUGCCGAGGACUCGAAGCUGCUGCUCCAGAUCUGCCGCGACGUCCUGGAGGCGCUGGGUGUCGGCGCCGACCUGCUGCCGGAUGAAUUCGUCAGCUACUGCUUCUCCGAGAUGGCUCCCGUCUGCGCCGUGGUCGGAGGCGUCCUGGGCCAGGAGGUGGUCAAGGCCCUCUCCCAGCGGGACCCCCCCCCACAACAACUUCUUCUUCUUUGACGGCAUCAAAGGCAGCGGGAUCGUGGAGUGCCUGGGCCCCAGCUGAGCGCUUGGGGGGCUUCAGCCCCCCCACUUUGGGGUUGGGGGGGUGGGAUGGUGAAACCCACACCCCCCCCAGUGCUCACGGGUUAAUUUUGGGGUGCGGCCGGCACCCCAUGGGGGUUUUUUGGGUUAAUAAAAAGCAUCUUU